GUCUAGACCUCAACCGGGCAGAACCCGCGCCACUGCGCCACGGACACACCGGAGCACGCAGAAGCCACGGACGGUCCCGAUAAGGAUUGUUAUUUGUACACAGGACUCUAAGGAAGCUCGUUAGGUUUAUUCCGGACCGGGACUAACGGGAAGACGGUGCCGUUUCACACUUUAACGGAUUCGCUCAAGUUUUGGCCAGGCGCGUCUAAACUCCGGUAAGCUCGUGCUGGAUUUCCGCGCUCCCGUGAAUCGGUGGGAUUUUUACCGAUAGUGUCAUCAUGACUCGGUUCGGCUCCGGGCUCGCGCUGCUGGCGCUCGCGUUUGGGCUCGCGCACGCGUUCGGGGACGAGGAGGAGAUGAGCUGCGACCCGAUCCGCAUCUCCAUGUGUCAGGAUCUCGGAUACAAUGUGACCAAGAUGCCGAACCUGGUGGGAAACGUGCUGCAGUCCGACGCCGAGCUGCAACUGACCACAUUCACACCGUUAAUACAGUACGGCUGCUCGAGCCAGCUGAAGUUCUUCUUAUGCUCUGUCUACGUUCCCAUGUGUACGGAGAAGGUCCCUAUCCCGAUCGGCCCGUGCGGCAGCAUGUGUUUGUCUGUAAAGAGGAAGUGUCUUCCGGUCCUGCAGGAUUUUGGUUUCGUUUGGCCGGAGCUCUUGAACUGCAGCUUGUUCCCGCCCACCAACGACCAGAACCACAUGUGCAUGGAGGGUCCGGGCGACGAGGACCCACCGUUCCACGCCGUCCGGCCGAUGCCGGCGCAGGAGGAGGAGUGCAUGGCGCUGGGUGCCGGCGUGGAGCAGUAUGCAUGGGUGAAGCGCAGUGGCAGCUGCUCGCUGCAGUGCGGAUACGACACAGGAUUGUACCGGCGACAGGCCAAAGUUUUUACCGACGUGUGGAUGGCAGUGUGGGCGGUUCUCUGCUUCAUCUCCACCACGUUCACCGUCCUGACCUUCCUAGUGGAUUCCUCGCGGUUUUCCUACCCGGAGCGACCUAUUAUUUUCCUCAGCAUGUGCUGCAAUAUUUACAGCGUGGCCUACAUCGUGCGGCUGACGGUCGGUCGCGAACGCAUCUCCUGCGACUUGGAAGAAGCGGCUGUGCCUGUGCUAGUGCAAGAAGGCUUGAAGAACACAGGCUGUGCCAUAGUCUUCCUCCUCACGUAUUUCUUCGGCAUGGCGAGUUCAAUCUGGUGGGUGAUCCUGACGCUCACGUGGUUCCUGGCGGCAGGGCUGAAGUGGGGACACGAGGCCAUCGAAAUGCACAGUUCGUACUUCCACAUCGCAGCUUGGGCCAUUCCUGCCAUUAAGACCAUCGUCAUCCUCAUCAUGAGGCUGGUGGACGCUGAUGACCUCUCUGGGAUGUGUUACGUGGGCAAUCAGAACCUAGACGCGCUCACUGGUUUUGUAGUCGCGCCGCUGUUUACGUACUUGGUAAUCGGGACGCUGUUUAUUGCCGCCGGCUUGGUUGCGCUUUUCAAGAUCCGCUCGAAUUUGCAAAAGGACGGGACGAAGACGGACAAGCUAGAGCGGCUGAUGGUUAAAAUUGGUGUGUUUUCGGUGCUCUAUACAGUGUUGGCCACUUGCGUCAUUGCGUGUUACUUCUACGAAAUCUCCAAUUGGGCUGAUUUUCGCCAGUCGGCGAGGGAUUCGUACAUGGCGGCGGAGAUGCUACGGAUUUUUAUGUCUCUGCUGGUGGGAAUCACGUCGGGAAUGUGGGUUUGGUCCGCCAAAACGCUUCACACGUGGCAGCGAUGUUCCCAUCGACUCGUGCACAGUGGGCGAAACAAUCGCGUCAAACGGACAGCCAACGGCUGGGUCAAACCGGGCAAAGGCAACGAGACGGUUGUGUGACAAAGAGACAGAGGUAGCACUAUCGUUCGUUCACUUUACGUGAAAUGUUCUUAAGAUGAUCUUACACUGGACGUUCCUGGUGCAGCGGUUCCUCCGUGUAAAUAUGCACUACGUCAAACUCUCACUGAAGUGCCUUCGUGUUUGUGGAUGAGCUACUCCACCGAUUCUGGGAAACGUAGUUCUUUGCUCCUUUUGUCGUUUACCUCGCAACACGUCACAGCUGCAGGAACGCUUACGAGAUUUGUUAAUGCUACGUUCACUUUCUGUUGGAUAUGCGAAAUAUUAAAGCAGAAAGUGUCCAAUGGCAUGUCAGAAGUAUGUGUAGAGGUUGCUAACUAACUUUAACCGUUGACAUUUUCUUGUGAUUUAACGUCUCGCACGACGUCAAUAAAGCUCAAGCGAGUUUUUGUGAAAUGGUUUUUACAAGUCGGAAACUCAACUAAACGUGAACGCAUCAUAGCAGAGAUUUCCUUCACUAUUUAGAGAGUCUAUUUUUGAAAUGAAAACGCUAUGAUGGGACUUUUUGUUUUGGUUUAUUUGUGCUGUCCGACACACAUUCACUCUGGUGACAAUCACUGACCGUGCCGAUGAAUGUAUUGGCCGAUGAUAAACUCUUAAACUUUAAAUAAGUGCCUCAAAAACUCAAAUGCAGGUGGUACAGUCCUGGAUUUCAUGUAGGACUUCUGGAUCGAUUUUUGUACAUAAACUGAUGUUUGUAGGUGUAAUGUGUUAUUUUUAAUGUCUAAUGAAAUGCUAAUUUAUGUAAGAAACUGAACCAAAAUACAUUUAUUUAAGAAUGCUUUUGUAUCAAAUUAAAAAUUAAAAUAAAAAAAAAUCCAGAUUCCAUGUGCAUCUUUUGUUUAUAGAUGAAUAGUUCACUAUUAAAACUCUUUUUGUAGGUUUAGGACUUCACACACCUCGUGACCCUAGUAAAUCUUGACUAUGUGACUGGGAAUUAAAGGAUUGUUUUGGGCAUUAGUUAGCAAAUCUCUGUUCGCAGAAUUAGAGGCUCAACUCCUUUUAAGGUCGUUUUAAAAUUCCUCCUCCCUGAAUGAUUUGGACAAAGAUUUAUCCUCUGGUCCAACUUACCCCCUCGGGGUCACCACACCCGCCUCAGGGUUUCUUGUAUGACAAUGUCAGAUGGUUUUCUCUCUUUCAUGGGUGGUUAGUCUUGAAAUGCUUUAAUACGCUUAGUGAAACCAAUCAUAGAUAUACAUUAUCAAUACGGGAAUUAAAAAUGACCAUGUUUCAUGGCCCAAAACUGUUGCAUAGUCAAGUAAAUGAUCUGUUUAGAAUAAAUACCUGUUUUCAUCUAAUGAAAUGUUUCACAAAAGUCAGAUCAGUCAGCUUUUAAUAUAAUGUUGCUCCCUGCUGGUCAUGUGAAGCACUACAGAUAAACCCAUUAGAGAAAAACAGACUUUUGCAGUGACAUAAAAUGCAAAUUAUUUUAUUUUAUUUUAUUUUCAAAUCUUUAUUUAACAAACAGUAAUAAAG